GUGGUGGAGACACCCUCGCCAUCUCACAUCAUGGCCCAAGCUACUGAUUCCCUUGUCGUCCCGCAAACGCAUUCAGACCCAUCAACCCUUUGCUCGAUGAAUGUGUUUGAGUCCUUAGAGGAGCUAGAGGAGGAGUGGUCUAGACUAGACCCGCUAGCUUCUUGGACGGCACUAGCUAAAGCCCCGAAGGGUGAGAUGUUCGUUAGCGAGACAGUCGUAGGCGGCCGCAAGGCCGGGGCCUAUUAUGACACUUGCUCGACACGGAACUUUAUUAGCCGCGUGUGCGUUGAGAGGCUGCGUUUACAGGGGCAAGUGCAGCGCCUGAGUCGACCUGUGGAGUCGACCUGUGCCAACAAACAGCGCAUGGUAGUCAAUGACUACCUUCAGGAUGUAGAAUGCCUGUUCCCGUUCGCGGGAGGAGAAUCGAGGCAUCGUGUCUUAUUCCUAGUGAGCGACGAUCUCCCUAUGGAUAUCUUGUUAGGUAUGUACUACCUCUCUGUGGCACAACCUCAGUUUGACUGGGACCGAAAAGUGGUCAAGCACACUUUGCCAGGUGGAGGGACCGCCAGAUUACACAAGUUCAAAGCUAGUAGUCUGAUCGAUUCCCAUGGAUGCAUGUGUGCGGCCGCGUUCUACAACUACUAUAAGCAACAUCAGGAGGAGGGUAUGUACUUAGUUUAUGUCUCUGCUGCAGGCGAGCCGGUGAAAAUGCCGCCGGAGAUGGAGGGAGUAGUUGCCAAGAACCCUGAUCUAUUUGAAGAGCCAACAGGGGUUGUUGAUAGGGAGGUCGUCCACGCGAUAGAAAUUAUCCCUGAGUUUAGUAUUCCGAAGGGUAGGAUCUAUCGGAUGUCUCCAGGCGAGCUUGAUGAGCUUCGCCGCCAACUCAAGGAACUCAUAGAGAAGGGUUGGGUCCGGCCGAGUGUUUCUCCUUACGGAUCUCCAGUACUAUUCGUACCUAAGAAGAAGGAGGGCACUCUCAGGAUGUGCAUUGACUAUAGGGGCCUCAAUGCCAUUACUGUGAAGAACAGAGAGCCCCUACCGCGCAUCGACGAUCUAUUAGAUAGAGUGCAAGGGUGUAGGGACUUCAGUAAGAUAGUUCUGAAGUCCGGGUACCAUCAGAUUGCAAUCCGGCCCGAGGAUCAACACAAAACCGCAUUGAUCAACGAUGAAAAGUGCGAGUUUGGCCGCACCCGUAUCUUGUACUUGGGUCAUGAGAUCUCCGCGAAAGGGUUGAAGCCCGAUGACGCGAAGGUGGCCAGCAUUCGUGAUUGGCCACGACCUCAGUCUGUGACUGAGAUGAGAUCUUUUUUAGGAAUGACCGGUUACUAUAGGACUUUCGUUAAGAACUAUAGCAUAGUGACCGCUCCUUUGACUGAUCUGACUCGCCUUGACACCCCGUGGGAGUGGACAGAUAAGUGCGAGGCUGCUUUCAGACAUCUGAAGCAUGCACUAACGCAUUAUGAAGUCUUGAAACUUCCCGAUCCUGAUAAGCCAUUUAUAGUAACCACGGAUGCUAGCCAAUAUGGCAUUGGCGCCGUGCUUGUGCAGCAGGAGGGGCCAAAGUUGAGGCCUGUUGAGUACCUGUCCAAGAAAAUGCCGUCUCAGAAGUUGGCUAAGUCCACCUAUGAGAAAGAACUCUAUGCGGUGUUCAAGGCACUAACCCAUUGGAGACACUAUCUCCUUGAGAGGUUCUUCAUCCUCAGGACUGAUCAUCAGACCUUGAGAUGGAUGAGAACUCAGCCUGUACUCUCUGACGCAUUGAAGCGUUGGAUAGAAGUCAUUGAGCGGUAUGACUUUGACCCUCAGUACAUUAAGGGUGAGUACAACAAGGUUGCUGAUGCCUUGUCGCGUAGACCUGACUUCUCAGGUGCGCUGAUUACUGAGUACGAUCUUACGGAUGAUGUCACUCGAUCCUUGGUGGAAGCCUAUCGAGAGGAGCAGUUCAUGUCUGAGAUCAUACCCAGACUCGAGGCGAAGGAUAAACAAACUUCAGCCGAGUUUGAGUUAGUCAAUGGCUUGCUGUUUCUCGAGAAGGAAGGGAAUAAACGUUUGUUUGUCCCUGAUAAAGAGUCUUUGCGUAGUUUGUUUUUAGGCGAGUGUCAUGACGCCACCGGCCAUUCUGGGUACAAGAAGACCGCAACCAAUUUGCUGCAAAGGUUUUGGUGGCCCACGAUGUUAAAAGAUGCUAAGCUGUACGUGGAAACUUGUCAAGUUUGCCAACGAGACAAGCCCCGUACUCAGGCUCCUCUUGGGCUGCUCAAGCCCCUUCCGAUUCCGGAAAGGCCGGGUGAAAGCUUGUCCAUGGACUUCAUGGAUACCCUGGUCACCAGCAAGAGUGGGAUGAGGCAGAUCUUCGUCAUCGUGGAUAGGUUUAGUAAGUAUGCUAGGUUAAUAGCCAUGCCAGAAACAGCGAAGACCGAGUAUGUAAUCAGGCUGUUCAAAGAGAACUGGGUGAGGGAUUUUGGAUUGCCAAAGUCUAUUGUAAGUGACAGGGAUGUCCGAUUUACAAGUGAGUUAUGGAAGGCCGCUGCAGCUGAACAGGGAACUCAACUACAAAUGACUUAUGGAAACCAUCCAGAAGCAAACGGCCAGGCUGAACAAAUGAAUCGCGUUGUUCAACACCUGUUGAGGCAUUACAUUAAGCCCAAUCAGGUGGACUGGGACGAGAAGCUUGCUCUUGUCGCCAGUCUGUACAAUAAUGCUGUACACAGUGCUACAGGGAAGGCGCAGGCAGCAAUGAUAGAAUCUGAGAAUAAACACCGCCGCCCUUCUACAUUUGAGGUUGGGGACAGAGUCUGGGUCAAGUCUUCAGAACUGGGACAGGAGUUCGGGAUAUCCCGCAAACUCAUGCCUCAGUACUUUGGACCUUGGGAAGUUUUAGACGUAGUAGGGACAGAUCCUGAUGGUCCAUCUUAUGUCAUCCGUAUCCCUGGUCAUCUCAUAACUUACCCAGUCUUUCACGCCUCUAAGCUCGCUGCGUCCAAGGAAACUGAUCAGUUUCCCUCUCGUCGUUCAAUGCUGCCCCCAACCAUGGACGGAGAAGUCGACAUCGAUGAUAUCGUCGACCACAGGGAGAUGAGACGUCCUCCAAAGCCAAAGCUGCAGUUUCGUGUCCACUUCAGACAUCACACGGAUCCGAAGGAGGACCGCUGGUUUACUCGGGAGGAAUUGAUGCAAACCGCUCCUCAAAUCGUUGCCCGCUAUGAGAAGGAUGUAUUGAAAGGAAAGCGCCAGAUGGCUCAGGAUUGAUCUUCUCAGAGGACUAAUGAAGAUAUGGAGGGAAUGCGAGUCUACGCCCGCUCAGCCCUUUUUGGGGCCCUUUGUUUUUGGCAGCACGUCGGGCGCCCUAAGUAAAGGCAGGCGCGACAG